AUGACUUCCGUAUUUCAAAAUACCGGUCAGUCAACGCCGAAGCCUCCGCGAGAGCUUCUCUUCAAGGUCCUUGUCGUUGGAGAAUUCGGCGUUGGUAAAACUGCCAUCAUUCGCCGUUACUGUGAGGGCGCAUUCUCCUUCAACUAUAAGGUGACGAUUGGAGUGGAUUUCGCUCUCAAAACUCUGGAAUGGGAUGAGAAUACAAAGAUCAAUUUGCAACUUUGGGACAUUGCGGGCCACGAGCGGUUCGGAAGCAUGACGAGGGUCUACUACAAGUACGCGAUGGCUGCCGUGAUUGUGUUCGACUUGUCGCGGCCCGUGACGUUCUUCUCGGUGCCCAAGUGGUACGACGAUCUCAUCUCGAAAGUGGAACUGCCGGACCAACGCCCACUGCCUGUGAUCCUCUUGGCGAACAAGUGCGACCUGCCCGUCGCCGACGACUUCAACAUGGACUCUGUGACGGAUUUUGUCGCGUCGCAUCGACUCGUUGGCUGCUUUGCCACGUCGGCCAAGGACGACGUGAACAUCGACGCCGCCGUCGAGAAGCUCGUGGAUCACAUCCUCGUGUCGCGUCGGAGUUCGAUCCCCAAUACGGCGAGCAACGGUGUUUUGCUCGGCGAGGAGGCUAGUGAAAGGGCCCGACCGGAAGCCGCAGUCGGACGUUGUUGUCGCUAA